UACAAAAAGUUGGUAAACAUUUUAAGGGAAUUCAUAAAUAGGUAAUAUACAAAUACAUGUAAAUGUUGCGUAAUUAAGGAAGUUCCCUACAGCAUCAGUUUAUUUACUUUUACAUAGAUAUUUAUGAGUUCACCUAGCAAAAUGUGGUCACCGGUAAAGGAUCACUUCUACUAUUUUGCUUACGGCAGUAAUUUAUUGAAGAGACGGAUACGUAUCAAUAAUCCUACAGCAGAAUUUAUGGGAAUAGGUAAAUUGAAUGGCCACCAGUUAAAUUUUAUCAAAUAUUCUGAUCACUGGAGAGGAUCCUCUGCCACUAUCAUUCCAACGGAGUCAUCGUAUGUGUGGGGAGCUAUUUGGAGACUUCACGAUAAAGAUAUGACAUCUUUAGAUUGGCAAGAAGGAGUCAAGGACAAUUGGUAUUUUCCAAAGACAGUUGAUGUAAUCACAUCUGAUGGAAACACUGUUCCCUGUCGUACAUAUCAACAGACCAUCAAUCCACCACUUCGGAAACCAAAUGAGGACAUUCCACCAGAAAGAAGGCCAUCUAUUACAUAUUUAGAGUGCAUUCUCAAUGGUGCAAAGGAAUGUAAUUUACCGAAAGAUUAUGUUGCAGAACUGAAAAAAAUACCUCACAAUGGACAAGAGGCAUCACCCAAAAUGAUUGAAAAGUUGCAAAUGCAAGUAAAGAGCUAAAAAUAAGUUUGGUGUUGUUAUGUAAUUAUAAACAUAAGA